GCGGGAGUUUCAAGACGCGCGCGAAGCUGCGGAUUGUCGGAUUGAAGUGCGAACUGAAAAGCAAAUAAGGCGGCGCGUGUCGAGUGUUUAUAAUACAAACGAUUUGUUUUCGAAAACAAGCGGAGUGUUUUUAAAAGACAAUUACAUUUCGUCAGCGGAACGAAAGACGGAGGAUCGGGGUCACCUCUUUUGCAUGCCCAACAUCUGCACCACGGAUGCGAAAAAGCUGAUGCGAUUUCAGCAACAGGUGGCGGGCAAAUGGAUCGUGUCGAUGGGCGGGAUUUUGGCGAAAUUUAGACUGCCGAUAGACUGACAUAGGCCCAUUAUUAUUUGCGGCCAAAAGGGGUCAGGCAGUGUGCGCGUGAGGAAAUUGAAUUGACUUGGCCACCGCCGAUCCGAAAUCGAAAUCUGUGUCACAAAUGUGGCACUAAUAAAUUAUCGCACAUUCGCUCGCCGCACUCGCGAGUGCUUCAUUAAUGCAGAAAUCGCAAAUGACGGAGAAUAUCUAGUUUUGCAGCGGCUGCGUUUGUUUAAUUUUGCCAGGAACGUGACAAAAAUUCCCAAGUGCCGCGUGGAUCGGCUCCGUCCAAGUAAAAUACCUUCAUAAGUCUGCGAAUCUACAAACAACAGGGAGCCACGCUUCGCGGAGCAGCGCACACACAAAAAGAACGCUAACUCCGUGGCCUAUAAAUAUCAGUCUUCCAAAUUGCCAAAUCUAAUUGCAGUCCAAUUAGCAGCGGAGCGCCAAUGAAGCGCCAGUGAAAGAAACAGGAAGGGAAGGAACUCUGAAGGGGAGCUGGCCAAGACGAGAACGCAAUUAACUAGAACACAACAAGACUGAGGAGGGAGCUAUGCAAACUCAACAAAAAUGUUGCGUCUCCUCGAAGGAUCAACAUCUGCUGCCAAGGACACUGUCACCCGAAGGGGAACCCAAUUCCUUUUAAAUUAAGCGCCCCCCAAUAAAGGAGCAGUAUCUUUGCACGACUCCCGUCCCCGCGUAAUGUUUGCACACCCCUGUCCUGCGCCAGCUGGAAACUACCAAACAGAACUGCUGCAUCCACUGCUCCUCCUUCUCCUCGUCCUCAGCCCUUUCCGGCCCACUUAUGGAGAGGUCUUCACGCUGGGCUACCUCACGGCCUCGCAACGGCGACCGGGUAACCUGGACUACAAUCGACCCGGCCUCACCAUCUCCGGCGCCAUCUCGCUGGCGGUGGAGGAGGUGAAUGCCGGCCGCCUUCGGGAACGGGGUCACUCCCUACAGUUUGUGGUGGCGGAGACUUACGGCGAGGAGGUGGUCAGCAUCCGGCAGACGGCGGCCCUGUGGACUCAGCAGGUGGCCGCCUACAUUGGCCCCCAGGAAACUUGCGUCCACGAAGGACGCAUGGCAGCCGCUUUUAAUCUGCCCAUGAUAUCUUAUUAUUGCACCCACCGUGAUCCCUCGAACAAGGCUGAUUUCCCCACCUUUGCGAGGACACGACCGCCGGACACCCAGAUCUCCAAGUCCGUGGUGGCCCUUUUGCUGGCCUUCAACUGGACGCAAGUGAGCUUUCUGUACUUGGACGAUGCCAGUGGUCAAUAUCAACCCGUGGCCGAGACCAUCCUUAGUACUCUUGGGGAAGCUGGCGUUAGUAUACGGGACGUUCGCACCUGGAACACCAUCUACCAUCACGGAUUUAUGGACAAUCCUUUCGAGGCGCUGGUGGAACAGACCUUUGCCAACACGAGGAUCUAUCUCAUUCUGGGCCACUAUUAUGAGCACGUUGGCCUGAUGAUGAGUCUCCAGAAGAGGGGUCUUCUAUCUCGGGGUGAUUAUUUCGUCAUAGGCAUUGACAUCGAGCAGUACGAUCCCGCCAAACCAGAAAAGUAUCUGCGAGGACUCCUGCUGGAGGAUGUGGAGCCCUUGGCCGUGCAGGCCUUUCAGUCCUAUCUGGCCAUUGUGCCCACCGCCUCCGUCUCCUUUGCCACUUUUGCCAAUGAGGUCAACAAAUAUAUGGAGCGACCGCCAUUCAAUUUCCCCAAUCCGCUGGGUCCCUUUGGUGGCGUAAAGCAGAUAAGCGCCGAGGCUGCCUAUCUCUAUGAUGCCGUGCAUCUGUAUGCCAAGGCUGUGCUGGAAGUCCUGGACUCGGGCGGAAGGCCCAGGAAUGGAAGCGCCAUUGUGGCGGCCAUCAAGGGCUCCCGAUAUCGCAGCGCCAUGGGCUAUCACGUUUAUAUCGAUGAGAAUGGCGAUGCGGCUGGAAAUUAUACAGUAUUAGCCAGGGGAACAGUGCGGAAUGGUCGCAAUCAGACGGUUCUGGGCCUGCGACCCGUGGGCACCUUCAUCCACCGGAACAGCAGCUUCAGCAGCAUCAGCCAGGCACUGCCCCACCAGGAUCUCAAACUGUUUAGCCCCAUUGAAUGGGUGGGUGGUUCGCGGCCAGCAGCUGCCCCUCGCUGCGGAUUUGGUGGCGAGAAGUGCGUCAAUUACACUGGCGAAAUUUCGGCGGCCAUUGCAGGAGGUACUCUAUUGCUGCUCAGCUUGGUGUCACUGGUCCUCUAUCGCAACUGGCGCUACGAACAGGAACUGGACAGUCUGCUCUGGAAAAUAGACUUUCGCGAGGUGCAGAUCCAUGAGAACGAGAGGGAGCAGCAAAGUCAGAAGCAGACGCGCCACUUGCUAAAUCACUUGCCGCGUCGUCUUCCUCCGCAGUCCACCCAUCCGCUGAUCCGCACCAGCCAGGUGAGCCUGAGUUCCAAUCCGGACGCCGACUUCCGCUACACGACCAUCUUCACGCCCAUUGGACUGUACAAAGGUCAGCUGUAUGCCAUCAAGAAGGUGCGAAAGAAGAGUGUCGACAUCACGCGGGAGAUGAAGAAGGAGCUUAAGCUGCUACGAGAUGCCCGGCACGAUAACAUAUGUGCCUUUAUAGGCGCCUGCACGGAUCCCCCAAAUAUCUGCAUCAUCAGCGAGUAUUGCACCCGAGGCAGUCUUAAGGACAUUCUGGAGAACGAGGACGUCAAGCUGGACAACAUGUUCAUUGCCUCCAUGGUGGCGGACAUUAUACGCGGCGUCAUCUAUUUGCACGACUCGCCCAUUCGAUUCCACGGCGCCCUGUGCACUUCCAACUGCCUGGUGGACUCCCGAUGGGUGGUCAAGCUGACGGACUUUGGCCUCUUUGCCUUCAAACAGGGCAUCGAGGAUAGCUCUACGGAUAUGCAGCACAUGUCGGCCAAAUGUCUGAAGCUUCUUUAUCGGGCUCCGGAGCUGCUGAGACAGGGACCAUCUUCCCUGGUGAUGGGCACCCAGCGCGGGGAUGCCUACUCCUUUGGCAUCCUGCUGUAUGAGAUGCAUGUGCGAAGGGGACCCUUUGGGGAGACGGGUCUAACACCUAUGCAAUGUCUCCAGAAGGUCCUUCAGCCCCAGGAUCAACUUAAUCCAUACAGACCCUCUUUGCAACCCCUGGAAACAGCCUUCGACUGCGUCAGCGAGUGUCUAAGGGAAUGCUGGGCAGAGAGGCCAGAGGAUCGUCCGGAUUUCAAAACCAUCCGGACCAAGCUGAGACCACUGCGCAAAGGAAUGAGACCCAACAUCUUCGACAACAUGAUGGCCAUGAUGGAGAAGUAUGCCAAUAAUCUGGAGGCCCUGGUCGAUGAUCGCACGGAUCAGUUGCAGGAGGAGAAAAAGAAGACGGAUGCCCUGCUCCACGAGAUGCUGCCACGCUGUGUGGCUGAUCAGUUAAAGAAGGGUCAUAAGGUGGACCCGGAGCACUACGAACAGGUCAGCAUCUACUUCAGCGACAUUGUGGGCUUCACAGCCAUGUCCGCCGAGUGCACACCAUUGCAGGUGGUGGAUUUCCUCAAUGAUCUGUACACCUGUUUCGACUCCAUCAUUGGUCACUACGAUGUUUAUAAGGUUGAGACUAUAGGCGAUGCAUAUAUGGUGGUUUCGGGACUUCCGCUGCGAAAUGGUGACCUGCACGCAGCUGAAAUAGCCACCAUGUCGUUGCACCUGCUAAGUGCCGUUGCCGAGUUCAAGAUUCGCCAUCGACCCACCAAUCGGUUGCUCCUUCGGAUUGGCAUUCACUCAGGACCUGUUUGUGCCGGCGUGGUGGGCCUAAAGAUGCCCCGCUACUGCCUCUUUGGGGAUACUGUGAACACGGCAUCCCGGAUGGAGUCCAGUGGUGUCCCGUUGAAGAUCCACUGCAGUUGGCAGUGCAGACAGCUGCUGGAGCGACUGGGAGGCUAUCACUUCCAGGACCGAGGAGUCAUCGCCAUGAAGGGCAAGGGUGACCAGCGAACCUAUUGGUUGCUGGGGGAGGAUGAAGAGGCUCGCACUAGACGCACCUACGAGCGAUCCCAGAGGAGGGGAUCCAGGGCGCUCAACAAGUUCAUCCAGGGAACCAUCAAGCAGGCCCAGGAACAGGCCAAUGACUAUGGGAUACGCUCUUCACUCAAGCAAAAGACUCUACCCCGAAACUCCUUGACCCGCUCCUCCAGCCUGGAGUCGCCUAAGAAGCUAAGAUUUGCGGCUGGUAGUCUCCUAGAGCAUCAUCGCUAUCACAGUGACGAAGCUCUACUAGAAGUAGACUCCUACACGGGAUUGCGAAGAUCAUCGGGAGGAUCCACUCAAUCCAGAUACGAAGAGACUACCCUUUCGCUGACCAUCUCCUGCCAAAGUAUUGAGAUCGUGGGUGGCCAACAGCACAGUAAAAGGCGACCCUCCUCAUAUCCCACUGCCAAUACACCGCUGCUCAUGAACCAUGUGGAGGUCUAAGCCGGAGAAACCUAGUACUUAUUUAACCCAACUACAGGGAACUUAGUGGAAUUUUUGUGUUCAGUAUGUCUAGCCAAGUAUUUGAUAUCGCUUUUAGUGUCUGUAAUGUAAAUGUGGUAAUCGUAGCAUCAGCAUAUUGUGAGAGUGAUUAUAAAUCUAGUCGUUGUUUAAACACAUUCAUGCGCUAACCUAAAUCAAAUAAAAAUAGUCAAUAACCUUAACUAAUUGAUAUGAAUAAAUGA